AUGCGAAUCCUCGCGCUGGCGAGCAUACUGCCCCGCGCUGAGAACAUAAAGAGCAGUGCUACACCCUUUUUUCACUUGUGCCUUUCAGGUGAACGACAGCCACUGACCGACAAGAACAAAACCGACCCGGGAGACUUGGGCAAAAGCCUCGAUCCUGUGUAUCAAUCCAUGACCCAUCGACCGCUCCUAUCAGUUCGUGGAGAAAAUUACGUGUUCGGAAAUCCUGAGAAAUAUGCACAAGAUAUGGAGAUCUUGCUGGCCGGUGAAAAGUUCUGCGAUACCCGCUUUCUGCUUGGCCAGAAAGGCUUUACACUGAAUUGCCACAAAGCAAUCAUUGCAGCUCGAUGUCCUGCGAUCAGCAAAAUGCUACUUCCAAACACGGGUGACUUGAUGCAAUCUCCGAAAAGCUCUCACGUGCUGAAAAGUUGCGAGCCUGAAGUAUUCCGCAUCUUGAUACAAUUUCUGUAUACAAAUCGCAUGAAUUUCGAAAAUAUGCCAACAAGCAAAGUGACUGAAGAACAUCUGAUUGAAACGAUUGACCGCCGCACAGUAUUUGAAGUUCUUAACAUCGCGGUCAAGUUCAAACGUUCAGAACUGAAGAAUGCAUGCAUGGCUUUUAUUGUUCAAUUCGAACAAGAACUGCUCAAUCCGAAUAACCCCACAAUUUUUCUUCUGACGCCUGGCGCCAUGCUGACCAUUUUGAAAAGUGAUGACCUUGCAAUGAAAGAAAUAGAACUGUUCUACGUGGCAGCAGAAUGGGCAAAUUCCUAUUUGGAAACGGCUUAUCAGACAACAGCUAACCAAACAGGCAGCCGAUCAGCUUCAGGUGCGAUGGCAGCGGCAAAGGGACCAUACGUAACCAACAAAUAUAGCUCUGCAGCGGGUUUGAAUUCAGCAAUGUUUACGAGAAAGCGUGCAACAGAAGUACGGCGGACAGUUUUGCUUGUGAUGGAGGGAAUCCGAUAUGGUUUGAUGACAGCAAGCGAGUUGAAGUCCAUCGAGAGUAAUGGCGAGUGGGAACACCUGAUUCCGCAAAAAUGUCUUGCAGACGCCUGGCGCAUUAUUACCUUCAAACAUACAGGAGCAAACGCCGAUGAACGUUUGAAUCUUCCGGUUACACAACCGAGACGUCGUGCCAAUGCGUCGCGAAAGAAAACCGACACGUGAACUCAUCAAACUCUAAUAUUGGCGUGAAGACAAUUUAAACCUGUGAACAGAAUCAUACCGUUUGCAGCCUUGAAUACCGUAACCUAUUAUUGCAUAUGAAUUCACCUGUCGUAUGGUUUGACCAUCACAUGCAGGUAUUCGUUUUAUUUGCUUUACUGUUGAACUUCAUUCAAUCGACUAAAUUUAUCCCAUAAAAGAUUUCCUAUGAAGUGAUAGUUUGUCAAACUGAAAAACAAAACCCGUU